AUGGCCUCCAGACCAGCUGCCAGAGCGCUCCGCGCCUCCUUCUCCCGCAAUGUCUCUUCCUCCGCCUCCAAGGCCUCCCGCCGCUCCUUCAUCACUGUCUCCAAUGCUCGCCCUGCCAUUGCUGCCAGAGCCCCAAUUGCUGCCCCCUUUGCCCAGCAAACCCGUGGUGUGAAGACAAUUGACUUUGCUGGCACAAAGGAAACUGUCUAUGAACGCGCGGAUUGGCCAAGAGAGAAGCUCCUGGACUACUUUAAAAAUGAUACCCUGGCUCUCAUCGGCUACGGCUCCCAGGGCCAUGGCCAAGGCCUCAAUCUCCGCGACAACGGCCUGAAUGUCAUCGUAGGUGUGCGCAAGGACGGUGCUUCGUGGAAAGAAGCAAUCCAGGAUGGCUGGGUCCCCGGAAAGAACCUCUUCGACGUCACGGAAGCCAUCCAGAAGGGCACCAUUGUCAUGAACCUCCUCAGUGAUGCGGCCCAGAGCGAGACCUGGCCCACCAUCAAACCCCUCUUGACCAAGGGAAAGACCCUCUACUUCUCGCACGGCUUCUCUCCCGUCUUCAAAGACCUCACCAAGGUUGACGUUCCCAAAGAUAUUGAUGUCAUCCUCGUCGCUCCCAAGGGUUCCGGUCGCACCGUCCGUUCGCUCUUCAAGGAGGGCCGUGGCAUCAACUCCUCCGUCGCGGUGUUCCAGGACGUCACCGGCAACGCCAAGGAAAAGGCCGUCGCCCUCGGUGUUGCCGUCGGCAGUGGCUAUCUCUAUGAAACCACUUUCCAAAAGGAAGUUUACUCCGACCUCUACGGCGAGCGUGGGUGCCUAAUGGGUGGUAUCCACGGCAUGUUCCUCGCCCAGUAUGAAGUGCUCCGCGAACGAGGCCACAGCCCCAGCGAGGCCUUCAACGAGACUGUCGAAGAGGCCACGCAGAGUCUGUAUCCCUUGAUCGGUGCCAAUGGCAUGGACUGGAUGUACGCUGCCUGUUCCACCACCGCUCGCCGUGGCGCCAUCGACUGGAGCAGCAAGUUCAAGGAUACUCUCAAGCCUCUCUUCAACGAUCUCUACGACAGUGUCAAAGACGGAAGCGAAACCAAGCGAUCUCUCGAGUAUAACUCGCAGCCUGAUUACCGUGAAAAAUACGAAAAGGAGAUGCAAGAGAUUCGAGACUUGGAGAUCUGGAGGGCUGGAAAAUCCGUCAGAGCGCUCCGUCCAGAGAAUCAGAAAUAG